AUGACUUCGGAUUGGUCGUUUAUUCAUGGAGGCUCCGAAGAGGAUCCAACCAAUGAGUUCAAGGUUGGACAACAAUUUGAAAACAAGGAAGAAGUCAUGUUGGUAGUUAAGAGGUACAACAUCAAGAGGGCUGUGGAGUAUAAAAUACUAGAGAGUGACCAGUUGAAGUAUGAUGUACAGUGUAUCCAGUUCGGGCCCGGUUGCUCUUGGGACAUACACAUAGCAUAUCGCCGAAAGCAAGAAAAAUGGGAGGUUAGGAGAUACAAUGGUCCUCAAACUUGCAUGCAAACAUCCAUGGGCCAAGACCAUCGUAGGUUGGACUCAAAGGUGAUUGCUCAGAACAUAUUCACAAUGGUCAAAGCAGAUCCAACAAUCAACAUCAGGGUUUUGCAAGGAAGUGUGGAGAAUCACUUCGAUGUAUUUACCCGGUUUUUAGAUACUUGGGUGCAACUUGUGACACAACCUUGGCCUGGUUUAGUCGACACUGUCAUGUUUCAUCGGGUAUUUUGGACGUUUCCACCGUGUGUUGAGGCUUUCAAGUAUUGCAAGCCACUUAUUUCUAUCGAUGGCACCCACUUAUAUGGUAAAUACGAAUGCACAUUACUCAUGGCUAUUGCUCAAGAUGGCAAUGCAAAUAUUUUGCCUAUUGCAUUUGUUGUUGUUGAGGGUGAGACAAAGGAGACUUGGUCAUUCUUUCUUUCGUAUCUGUGGCAGCAUGUGACACCACAACCCGGCGUCUUAGUGAUUUCAGACAGGCACAAAUCAAUUGAUGCUGCGUUAAAUACAAAGGGAAGUUUAUAG